AUGCAAGAUCCCUCUUCAACAAACAUAUACCCUGAUGCAAUACCAGCAAUGGAGAUCGUCCCCGAGGUGAAAGCCUGCGAGUCGUGCGCGAAAUCGAAGCGGAAGUGCGGAAAGGAGAGCCCACGAUGUCACCGCUGUGCGUCGCGCGGCCUCGAGUGCAACUAUCCGCUGCCAACCAGGCCAAGCGCCUUCGUGCGGCUCCAGGACGCUCCUGUGUCGACAGCAACAACAACCGAACCCACCAUGCCCGCAAAGGAUAUCGGAAGGCCGCUGGACAUGUGGGACCCGAGUGUGCUGCUCUCAUUUGCCCCAACCACCUCCCAGUUCGGCGGCGUGCUUUCGUCCACAGACGUCGAGUUAGCCCGGCCCUCGGCCCUGCUCCCUUAUACACCUGCAAAGCAACUCAGUACGGACUGGUUUAUGUCUCCAGAAUCGUGGAAAAUAGAGCAUGAGUUGCCGCAUUAUAAAGAACCAAUGCCUCCGACCCCCUACAGCCGCACCGCGCUCAAGGCCUUCCUCACAACGGGACAAGGGUGGCUGUCGGACUGGAUCUCCACUGGCGGGAACGCCUUCAUCCACAAACAGCUAUACUCUUUCCGCCUACCCCGAUCCGUGCAGGAUGCUUACACAACCGUUGCCCUCUACCUGCUAAGGACGGAUGAGAACGAGGACAUGGUCCACCGGACCAUCCAGGAUCGGUCGACACAGCUCCUCCAGGACGAGGAGAAGCACAAGACGUCCAGCAGCCUCGACCCCUUCGGCCACCUCUCCCGCGUCCACGCCCUCCUCGCAUACCAGAUCAUCUGCCUCCUCGACGGCGACAUCCGCCUGCGCGCCCUUGCCGAAGAACGGAUACCGACCAUGAUGGCAUGGCUCAAGCAGAUGCUCGAGAGCGUCUCGUUCGCCUCCCAGCUCACGCCUUCGGGCAACUCCGGCGCGAUGGCGGCAGCGAGGGGCCUGGGCCUCGGCAUCGUGGACGUCAUGGACGCAGCGGCGUCGGCGCCUGGCGCGGCGACGCCGGCGACCCCGACGCACACCUGCACCAACCCCAGCUCGCAGGAGGAGGUCCUGUGGCACACGUGGGUCUUCGCCGAGUCGGUGCGGCGGACGUGGACCUUUGCGCAGGGGACACAUAUUGUCUAUGAAGUUAUGCUUAAGGGUUGGACUGUGUGUGCCGGCGCCCUCAUGAUCACUACCGCGUCUGGUGUCUGGGACGCGCCAACGAGUUAUGCCUGGAGUAAGAUUUGUGUGGAGAGGAAUGUGAGGCUAAGUACGCGUGGUGAAAUUGAGAAUUUCUUGACGGAAGCUCGACCAGAGGACGUUGAUGAUUUUGCGAAGUCCUUGCUGGAGAUUACGUUUGGGAAGUCGAAAAUGGAGAGGUGGAAGGACGGCAGAACGUAG